ACUAUAUCAUUCAACCUAAUAAACAUUAACGGGAAAUGUCUUUGAGAAUGGGGUCCUCAAGCAAGACUGCCCUGUUCCUAUGCCUGGUGGGGUUAACCUUAGCUCAUGUUUCUUUAGCUCAAAACACUGUCCAAGACUUUGUGAAUGCACACAAUGCAGCUCGUGCCGAAGUGGGUGUUGGUCCAAUUUCUUGGAACAAGACCCUUGCAGUCUAUGCUCGAAAUUAUGGUCGCACGAGGAGGGACUGUGUGUUGGAGCAUUCAAUGGGGCCGUAUUCAGAGAACAUUGCUUCAGGCUGGAGUGGCUUUACAGCAUUAGAGGCUGUGAAGAUGUGGGUAGAUGAGAAGCCAUUCUAUGACUACAAGAGCAACAAGUGUGUGAAGGAUGAGUGCAGGCACUACACUCAGAUUAUCUGGCGGGACACGACCAAUUUGGGCUGUGCCAGGAUAAGGUGUCACAGUGGCGGUGUGUUUGUGACUUGUAACUAUUCUCCACCGGGAAAUAACGAUGGCGAACGCCCUUAUUAGGUCUUGUUUGGAUACCAUUAAUUCCCACUGAUUACGGUACAAGCUAGUAUAUAAGUUGAAUCGGUCAUUAUUCUCAAAAGCAUUCCAGAUUUUUAUUUGGGCAAUAUAUAUUAAUCUAUUUCCAAAUUUCUCAUAAUAUUUUUAUGUACUCUUUUAUUUCUAAGAGAAGUACUGUAAAUUGAAAAAUAAUUAUAAAAGGCAACCGAUGAUCAUUUAAUUUAUUUCA